AUGAUAGUUGAGAAUGCAGUUGCAGGUACUGACAAUGGUUCAAAUGGUGCACAUUGCACUAAUGGUGGUAAUAUGUUAGUUGAGAAUGCAAUUGCAGGUACUGAGAAUGGUUUAAAUGGUGCUCAUUGCACUAAUGGUGGUAAUAUGUUAGUUGAGAAUGCAGGUACAUGUCUUGUACAAAAUAAUCUUUCUGCCCUGAGUGAGAGUGAACUGAAUGCUUUGCAAUUUGGAGGUAAUUUGGGACAAAAUCUUCCUCAGGAAUUAGAAUUUAUUGUUCAGCAGAAUUACAAUGAUCAUUCUAUGAUGACUAGAGCAAAGAAUGAUAUCACUGAUAUUGUUGAACCUAAGUCUUUUAGAGCAGCUGCAGGCAAGGCUGAAUGGGAUCAAGCCAUGCUAGAAGAAAUCGAGGCAUUACAGAAACAAGGAACUUGGACUCUUGUUCCUUGUCCUUCAAAUAGAAACAUUGUGGGGAGCAAGUGGAUUUUCAAAGUAAAGAAAAAUCCUGAUGGCAGCAUUUCUAGAUAUAAAGCAAGGUUAGUUGCUCAAGGUUUCAGUCAGUCUAAAGGUCUUGAUUAUGAUGAAACAUUCAGUCCUGUGGUUAGGCAUAAUACUGUUAGAAUGAUAUUAGCUCUUGCUGCUAUGAAUAAUUGGGAGUUAAGACAGCUAGAUGUCAAGAAUGCAUUUCUGCAUGGAGUUUUAAAGGAGGAAGUUUACAUGUCUCAACCUCAAGGGUCAGAUACUGCAGGCAUUCAUGAAGUCAUUUCUGAAUUAAGCAUGGUCUUUGACAUGAAAGAUCUUGGUUCUCUGUCAUAUUUUCUUGGCUUGGAAGUUACUAAAGUUCGGAAAGGAAUUUUACUUAGUCAGACUAAGUAUGCAAAGGAUUUGCUUGCUAAAGCUGGAAUGGAGUCUAUUAACACUUGCAGUUCUCCUUGUCUUCCACAUGCUCAGAUGACAGUAGAUCAAGGUACACCUCUUGCAGACCCUACUGUGUACCGAAGUAUUGUAGGAGCAUUACAAUACUUAACCUUCACUCGCCCUGAUAUAGCAUAUGCAGUUAAUACAGUAUGCCAGUUUAUGACUAAUCCUACAGACGUUCAUUAUGCUGCUGUAAAAAGGAUUUUGAGGUAUCUAAAAGGUACAAUUCAAAAGGGCAUAUUUUAUAGUUCUACUGGUGCUUUAUCUAAUGCUGUGACUGUCAAAGCAUUUUGUGAUGCUGAUUGGGCUGGGGAAGUAAUACAGAAACGUUCUACUACUGGCUUUAUAGUUUAUCUUGGUUUGUGUCCAGUGUCUUGGCAAUCUAAGAAACAAGGUACUGUCUCUAGGAGCUCUACAGAAUCUGAGUACAGGAGUCUUGCAAAUACUGCAGCUGAGAUUAGUUAG